ACAAACAUACUACACAGGUGGCAAAUGCCUGCGGCGGGGCCUAUGAACCCUAAACCUGAUCGUUUGUCUUUAAUAACAUACCGACUUUCGCACCGGCUUUUACUAUUUAUAAACUGUUUUUGUCUCUAUAAAUUGUAUAUGUAGCAGUCUAAACAACCCGAUUAAGCCCCCCCUUCUGUGUUCGGGUUGCAAAGCCAUACCCGCUGGGAACAAAAAAGAUCCCCGCAGUAAUUUCCCUUCUUUCCUGCAGUAAUUUCCACAGGCCCAAUCAUUUCUCCAGCCAACAGCUUGACAUGUGAGUUCACUCCACGCAGCGGAGACCAGAGCUUCUCUACGGCGAGGGAGCGCCGAGGGGCAAAUCCGUCAGCGCGGGCACAUCGCGUCGCCUUUCCGGCCCCCACACCUCUCUCUCUCUCUCUCUCUCUUCCCGGUCGACGAGCGGAGAGCUAGCGGCGGGGCGCGCGCUGCUAUUUAUCGAGCACACGGGAGCCACGCCGCCCGUCCCUGUCUCCAUCUUGCCGUCGCUCCCACGCCGCCGUUCCCUCCGCCUGCCUCGACCGCCUCGUGCCGUGCGCGCUAAGGAGGGAGGGAGGGAGGGAAAGUGAAGCAGGAGGGUGGACCACUGCGCGCGUGCGGCGCCUUCCUCCUCGAAUCACCGCCGACAGCUUCUGCAGCUAGCGUUAUCACCCCCACCACCCCGGGGCUCGGAUUAGGAUCUGAGCUGAAGCUGCCAGGCCAGGCGAUCGAGCCGAUGUACGGCUCGCCGGUGUCCAAGGACCUCAACCUCCCGGCGCAGCCGCCGCCGAUGGCCUCGUCCGGGCUGCUACGCUACAGAUCGGCGCCCAGCGCGGUGCUCGGCGGCCUCUGCGAGGACCAGCUCCAGCUCCCUGCCGCCGCUCCGAGCGCCGCCGACAACGUCUUCUCAAGGUUCCUGCCCGACCACCACAUCCGGGACGACAAGCCGUCGCCUGCCCACUUCCCGAGUGCGGCCGACAUGGCCUCCCACCACCAGCAGGAGCAAAUGAUGUUCCACUCCCAGUCCCAGUCCCAGCACCAGCAGGAGACGGGUAGGUCCGGGGGCGGCCUCUACCGCACCGUCAGCUCUGGCAUGGAAGCGGGCGGCACUGGCGUCGGCGCCGCCAGCAGCCUGAUUCGGCAGAGCAGCUCCCCCGCCGGGUUCCUGGACCAUUUCGGCAUGGACAACGGGUACGGGGCGAUGCUGAGGGCGAGCAUGGGCAUGGGGUUCCAGGACGGUGGUGCCAGUGACUCCCUCGCGGGCGGCGGCGGCGGUAGCGGCAGGCUCGGGGGCCAGCUGAGCUUCUCGUCGCGGCAGGGGUCGCUCAUGUCCCAGAUCUCGGAGAUGGACAGCCAGGAGGAUGUCGUCGGAGCGAGCAGCCCCGACGCUGGCGGCGGCGGGGACGCCGCCUACAUGCCGGGGUACCCGAUGAGCUCCGGCGGGUGGGACGACUCGUCGUCGGCGCUCUUGCCGGACAGCCUGCCCGCGACGAAUAAACGCCCGCGGGACUCGUUGGAGCACGGCGGCGGGCUGGCGCACCAGUUCAGCCUCCCCAAGACGUCGUCGUCGGAGGUGGCCGCCAUCGAGAAGUUCCUCCAGUUCCAGGACGCCGUGCCCUGCAAGGUCCGCGCCAAGCGCGGGUGCGCCACGCACCCGCGCAGCAUCGCCGAGCGGGUGAGGAGGACGAAGAUCAGCGAGCGGAUCAGGAAGCUGCAGGAGCUCGUGCCCGACAUGGACAAGCAAACCAACACCUCCGACAUGCUGGACUUGGCCGUCGACUACAUCAAGGAUCUCCAGAAGCAGGUCAAGGUAACGAGCUCCGGCGGCCGCCGGUCUGCUUUCCUCCUCCAGAACCCAAAUUGCAAGGUCAGAGAGCCAGUGACGUCCAAAUCACGGAGGCUGGCCUCAUCUUGCCCCGCCGGCUGAUCGACGGCGAGCGAGGGUUACCUACAGUUACAAACAACGAUAUGUCGUUGACUCUUCCUCACCUAGUACUAGUAGUAGGAGGAGGAGGAGUAUCUUUAUCGUCGUUUAUCAUCCCUUGUGUUCACGCGUUGCAGGCGUUGAACGAGAGCCGCGCCAGCUGCACCUGCCCGGCGAGCAAGCACCAGCAGCGGUUCUCCGGCUGAAGCACCGGCCGGGCCGGCAGUCCCCAUCGGUCCCCGGCGGCUGCGUAGCACGCUCCAGUACACAGCUAGUGCAGCAAAGAUGGACCCACCACAAGGCCUGGAGACAGACCUGACUGAGACCGAGAUAGAGAGGAACACCGCCAUCGUCUGCAGUGCAUGCGCGCGAGCAGCAUGUACAGCGCCGGAGCGAUCGAGGCUCGCUGGACUGCUGGAUCGAGCAGUGUGGCAUCAUCAAGUAUUCAAGCGACUGGGAGGAAGGAAGAAAGAAUCGAGUCAUGGGACCGAGGAGGAAGAACGAAUGAAUUGUACAGUGCUGUUUCUUUUUUUUUUUUUGCUGUAAACACUUUUGCUACAUCUGUGCUGCUGCUGCUCUCCAUAUGCCGUUGCCCAUUGUUACUACGUUAAGAAUCACAGUGAGAUAUAGAUCGAGGAAAACUUCACUACUGUUACCA